ACGCGUCCGCUCGCUCCUGCGCUCGUUCAGCUCGCCCGCUCCGCUCCGUUCUGCCGCUCGAGCCGCUGACAUCUUCACGCUUGCUUUAUGAAUCAAGGAGACUUUCUAACAUGUCUACGAAGGCAGAACAAUUUGGCUCUAAGAUUCGAUACUUGCAAGAGUAUCACAACCGUGUGCUUCACAAUAUUUACCCAGUGCCAUCGGGAACAGACAUUGCAAACACUCUGAAAUACUUUUCCCAGACCCUGCUCAGCAUCCUGUCCCGUACAGGCAGAAAGGAGAGCCAGGAAGCUUCCAAUUUGGCCGUGCCCAUGACCAUGUGUCUUUUUCCUGUGCCAUUCCCACUCACCCCAUCUCUAAGACCACAAGUCAGUUCCAUCAACCCUACAGUUACUCGAUCCCUCCUUUACAGCGUUCUGCGGGACGCCCCGGCCGACCGGGGUGGUGGCACCCAGCAGAGUCGGGAGGUUCAGAUCUCAGAUUACCCCUCACUGGACUAUCAGGGGCUCUAUGCCACCCUCGUCUCCUUGCUUGACCUGGUGCCCCUGCUGCAGCACGGUCAGCACGAUCUGGGACAGGCCAUAUUUUACACCACAACAUGCCUCCUGCCUUUUCUUAGUGAUGAUAUUCUCAGCACUUUACCGUACACCAUGAUCUCCACUUUAGCCACCUUCCCUCCUUUCCUGCACAAAGACAUCAUAGAGUACCUGAGCACGUCCUUCCUGCCCAUGGCCAUAUUGGGUUCGACUCGAAGAGAGGGUGGCGUUCCAGCAUAUGUCAAUCUGUCUGCCUCCUCCAUGCUGAUGGUCGCCAUGCAGUACACUUCGAAUCCAGUGUACCACUGUCAGCUUUUGGAGUGUCUCAUGAAAUACAAGCAGGAAGUAUGGAAGGAUCUUCUGUACGUCAUAUCCUACGGCCCGUCCCAAGUCAAACCUCCAGCUGUUCAAAUGCUCUUCCAUUACUGGCCCAACCUGAAGCCUCCCGGUGCCAUCAGUGAGUACAGAGGCCUGCAGUACACAGCCUGGAACCCCAUUCACUGCCAACACCUCGAGUGUCAGAACUCUAUUAAUAAGCCGGCGGUGAAGAUGUGUAUUGAUCCAACGCUCUCGGUCGCACUGGGUGACAAACCUCCACCGUUAUUCAUCUGUGAGGAGUGCAGCCAGAGGAUCACUGGUGAUCAUGCUGAGUGGCUCGUUGAUGUGCUUUUACCACAAGCUGAAAUUUCUGCUAUAUGUCAGAAGAAGAACUGCAGCUCUCAUGUCAGGCGCGCCGUCGUCACCUGCUUCUCAGCGGGAUGCUGCGGUCGCCAUGGCAACCGGCCCGUGCGCUACUGCAAGCGUUGUCAUGUCAACCACCACAGCACCGAGGUGGGGGCGUCAGCGGAGACGCAUCUGUACCAGACGUCUCCUCCGCCCAUCAACACACGCGAGUGCGGUGCCGAGGAGCUGGUGUGCACCGUGGAGGCGGUGAUCAGUCUGCUGAAAGAGGCAGAAAUCCACGCGGAGCAGCGUGAGUUUGAGCUGAACCGCCGCCGUCAGAUGGGUCUGUCUUCAUCCCAUCAUUCCCUGGACAACCUGGAGUUUGACAACAAAGAGGACGACCAGCACGACCAGAGACUGCUUAGUCAGUUCGGCAUCUGGUUCCUGGUGAGUCUGUGCACACCGAGUGAGAACACACCCACCGAGAGUCUGGCGCGGCUGGUCAGCAUGGUGUUCCAGUGGUUCCACUCCACCGCCUACAUGAUGGACGACGAGGUGGGCAGCCUGGUGGAGAAGCUCAAGCCUCAGUUCGUCACCAAGUGGCUGAAGACGGUGUGUGACGUGCGCUUCGACGUCAUGGUCAUGUGCCUUCUACCCAAACCGGUGGAGUUCGCCAGGGUGGGUGGUUACUGGGAUAAGUCGUGCAGCACGGUGACGCAGCUGAAGGAAGGACUGAACCGCAUCCUGUGUUUGAUCCCCUAUAACGUGAUCAGUCAGCCGCUGUGGGAGUGUUUCAUGCCCGAGUGGCUGGAGGCGAUCCGCACUGAAGUUCCUGACCAUCAGCUCAAGGAGUUUCGUGAGGUCCUCAGUAAGAUGUUUGACAUUGAGUUGUGUCCGCUGCCCUUUUCCAUGGAGGAGAUGUUUGGAUUCAUCAGCUGCAGAUUCAGUGGAUAUCCAGCAUCAGUGCAGGAGCAAGCGCUGCUGUGGCUUCACGUUCUGUCAGAGCUGGACAUCGUGGUUCCUCUGCAGCUGCUCAUCAGCAUGUUCUCUGAUGGUGUGAACUCACUGAAGGAACUGGCCAAUCAGAGAAGAGCUCGAGCCGCAGACCUGUCAGGAAACGCAGGAGUCCGCAGGGUGAGUGUGGUGUCUGACCCCGGCAGGAGAGGGCAGCAUAAUAACCUGAGUCCGUUUCCCAGUCCCUUCCGGAGCCCCUUCCGCAGCCCCCUGCACUGCAGCCCCUUCAAGAACCUCGGCCACGCCGCCGGAAACUGUGCCCUGGACCUGGACUGUGAUGAUGACGACAUGAACCUGGGCUGCUUCAUCCUCAUGUUUGACCUGGUGCUUAAACAGAUGGAGCUGCAGGACGAGGUGCUGGUGCUGGGUCUGGAGAGCAGUCUGGGGCGGGAUGUGGUGGGCAUCAUCAACAGCGUGCUGCAGGCUCCGUGGGGUGGAUCGCACACCUGUCAGAAGGACGAGAAGGCUCUGGAGUGCAGUCUGUGUCAGUCCAGCAUCCUGUGCUACCAGCUGGCCUGCGAUCUGCUGCAGAGACUGACGCCGCGCGAGGAGACUCGACUGGUGGAACCAUCCGAGUGUCUGGAGGAGAGUUUGGUUUUCCCUCAAGCUGAGUUCAGUCUCAAAUCAGAGAAUGGAGCAGAUAAAGCAGACGCUCCGUCAGAAAACCCCGGCAGUCACAAUCCCUCUCCUGAGAUUCCGCCAUUAAAGAAUAGUGCAGACAGGAAGUUCUCGUACCUACAGCUUCCUGUUUCUCUCAAGCUUCUGUACACCAUUCUGCAGGAGAUGAGUAAGUUUGAGGAGCCAGACAUCCUCUUCAACAUGCUCAGCUGUCUGAAAAUGCUGUGUUUGCACGGAGAAUGCCUGUAUCACGCCAGGAAAGAUCACCCACAGUUCCUGGCCUACAUACAGGAGAAGAUGCUCAUUCCCAGCCUGUGGUCCAUGCUGAGGUCAGAGUUCUGUCAGCUGGCGGCUCUGUCCGUGCCGCAGCUCCUGCACGCGCUCGCUCUGUCCCACGGCGCUGAUAUCUUCUGGAGGCUGGUGGACAGCAGCUUCAACAGUCAGGACUGGAAGAUUCGCUUCGAAGCAGUGGAGCGCGUGGCCGUCCUGUGCCGCUUUCUGGACAUGGGCUCGAUCACUAAGAGCCACGUGCUGAAGUAUUCUCUGGCUCACGCUUUCUGCUGCUUCCUGGCCAGCAUUGAGGAUGUGAACCCCGCCGUGGCCACCAGAGCUCGCCUGCUGCUGGACUCCAUCAAACGACCCGCGCUGCAGGGCCUGUGUCUGUGCCUGGACUUCCAGUUUGACACGGUGGUCAGGGACCGUCCCGUCAUCCUGAGCAAACUGCUGCUGCUGCACUCGCUCAGACAGGAGAUCCCCGCUCUGAGCUGGGAGUUCUUCGUCAACCGCUUCGAGACGCUGUCCCUCGAGGCCCAGCUGCACCUCGACUGCAACAAAGAGUUUCCCUUUCCUACAACGAUCACGGCGGUGAGGACUAACGUGGCCAACCUGAGCGAUGCAGCCAUGUGGAAGAUCAGACGUGCUCGCUUCGCCCGCAACCGUCAGAAGAGCGUCCGCUCGCUACGAGAAAGCGUCAAGGGUUCGUCCGGGUCCAAGCGCACUUUCUCCCUCCCGGAGACACUGUGCAACAAACUGCCUCUCAGACUCAUAAGACAAGAGCAGUCUGCACCCACACUGGGAAACAUGCUCGAGAAAGUCCUGACAGGAGAGAGCUCUCCUCCAGAGGACGACUCCGUCAUCAAGGAUCUGCUGCCGGAGGACACGGGGAUAGACCACCAGACCGUCCAUCAGCUCAUCAUGGUGCUCAUGAAGUUCAUGGCCAAAGACAAAAGCAGCGCCGAGGCGGACAUCGGCAGCGCCAAAGCCUUCAACACGGUCAAGCGGCAUCUCUACGUCCUGCUGGGAUACGAUCAGCAGAUGGGAUGCUUCAUGAUCACCCCUCAGAAAAUGCGCUCCUCCACCUGCUUCAACGCCUUCAUCGCAGGAAUCUCUCGGGUGAUGGACUAUAACAUCGGCCUGGGCAAACAGCUGCUGCCGCUGGUGGUGCAGGUGCUGAAGUACUGCACGUGUCCACAGCUGAGGCCUAACUUCCAGGAGCCGCCGCGCUGCUCGCUCUGGGCCCUCAAACCCCACACGAGACAGAUGUGGCUCAAAGCCCUGCUCGUCAUCCUCUACAAGUAUCCAUACAGAGACAUGGACAUGAGUAAAGAGGUGGUGCUCCAUCUGAUCCACAUCACCAUCAACACGCUGAAUGCUCAAUACCACAGCUGCAGGUCGCAUGUGUCCGCAGGCCCGCUGUACAGCGACAACUCCAACAUCAGCCGCUACAGCGAGAAGGAGAAAGAGGAGGACAGUGUAUUUGAUGAGUCAGACAUCCACGAUACUCCAACGGGAGCGAACAGUAAGGAGUCGCAAACCUUCUUUGCCCGUCUGAAGAGGAUUGGUGGCAGCAAGUCGGUCAAGUAUCAGCCAGUGGAGCUUAAUGCUCAGAGAAGUGAGAUCGAGCUGGCCGAAUAUAAGGAGGGCGGCGCGCUGCAGGACACGCUGCUGUACUCGAGCCGAGAGGACAGCAACAGCAAGAAGAAGAGGCUGCAAGCCAUGCACAAGCAGAAGUCUCUGGACAUCAGCAACACCGACUCCAUCCUCUUCAACCUGGACGAGCACCGACGCAAGUCCUGCAUCGACCGCUGCGACCUGCAGGAGCCCUCCUCCUCCUCCUCCAUCAGCCGACAGCAGCACAGAGCUCAGCACCACGGGAAAGACUCCUCCAACGGUCACUCCGUCACCAACCGAAGAGGCUCCAGCGCUCAGAACAAUAGCAUCCGGCCCAUUAUACCUGAGGUGCGUCUCAGCUGUAUGGAGACGUUUGAAGAUAAACCCGUUGGUCUGGACUCACCGCUGGCUGCCCCUGCACUCGACAAGGACGAUCCGGACCUCAUCGACCUGUCCUCAGACUGCACGUCCAUCCCUGAGAAGCACUCCAUUCUCUCACUCUCCGACAGCGACUCGCUGGUGUUCGAGCCGCUGCCUCCUCUGCGCAUCGUGGAGAGCAACGAGGACCUGUUUGAGGCCCUCAGACUCCCUGGUGGUGUCCUGAGCAAACCUGAGGAUCCGUCAGCGGCCUCCAUCAGCACCGCAGCACACUCUCCUCCGGUCGUGCAGGUCAGCAUAGAGGACUGCACCAAGAACGAUAUGCUUAAGCCUUCUGCAAUCUCUUCUCCGGCGUCUCUGGAGCUCCCAGACUCCACAGCUCCUCAAGAGGGCACCAUGACCCUCAAACAGAAACGGGAUCUCUUCAGAAAGACCUCACACAUGCCAAACGCAUCCCUGGACGAUUCCUGCACGCAGCCCGAGGGUAUCGGCGGAACAAGCCCCUCCAGCAGGUCUGUCGUGCUCCAGAUUCCUGUGGACGCGCUCGAGUCACUGGAUCCGUUAAACACGGAGGGAGCAGGAGACGAGGACAACGACGAGACAGAUGAGAGAGACAGCGACCCCAAACCUGACGACGAGAGCGACGAAGCUGAAUUCAAGAUCCAGAUUGUGCCACGCCAGCGCAAAGAGAGGAAGAUCGCCGUCAGCGCCAUCCAGAGGGAGUAUCUGGACAUCUCGUUCAACACUAUAGACAAAAUGAGAGAACCGGCCGCAGAGUCAGAUGCCAAGUCUCUGUCGAACCUGGAGAAGCCCAGAGAAUCGGCCUCAGCUCCGGCCCUGGAGGCCGCCGUCCCUGAGACCAGCCAUCGCUCCUCAGUGUCCACUCAGUAUCGUCAGGUGAAGCGAGGAUCUCUGGGUGCAGUGACUAUGAGUCAGUUAAUGAAGCGGCAGCUGGAGCAUCAGUCCAGCGCACCACAGAACAUCAACACCUGGGACACGGGUCCAGUGAAGACCAGUCUUCUGUCGGCCCCGAGCACCGCCAGCAUGUUCGUUCCCGCGCCGGAAGAUUUCAGCGACGAGCAGCCCACUACGAUGGCUGACAGGUGCCGGGACUGUGGGGCUGUGCUGGAGGAGUAUGAUGAGGAGACUCUGGCUCUGGCUGUGGUGGUUCUGUCCAUGUUCAUCCAUCUGAGCCCUGAUCUGGCCGCUCCGCUGCUGCUGGAGAUCAUGCAGUCUGUGGGCAGGUUGGCAUCUAACUCUAAUUUCACAGGUCAAGCUGAAAGCAUGCUGAUUCCUGGGAAUGUGGCGGGUGUAGCCAAGCAGUUCCUCCGCUGCGUUCUCCAUCAGCUCGCACCCAACGGCAUCCUACCACAACUGUUCCAGAGCAACAUUAAAGAUGGAAGCUUCCUGCGGACACUGGCCACGUCUCUGAUUGAUUUCAAUGAGCUGAGCUCGGUCGCAGCGCUCAGUCAGCUCCUGGAGGGUCUGAACAAUAAGAAGACUCUGCCAGCAGGAGGCACUAUUCUUCACUGUCUGGACAACAUCGCCACCUUCAUGGAGACGCUUCCCAUGGACUCACCCAGCAACCUGUGGACAACCAUCUGUAACCAGUUCCACACAUUUCUAACCAAACUACCUGCUGUUCUGCCUCUCAAGUGUCCGCUGGACUCAAGUCUGAGAAUAAUCAUUUGUUUGCUGAAGAUUCCUGUAACAAAUGCAACAAGAAGUCUGCUGGAGCCCUUCUCCAAACUCCUGAGCUUCGUUCUCCAGUACGGUGUGUUCAGUCUCUCGUAUCUGGUAGAGCUCUGCGGUUUAUGCUACAAAACCUUCAGCAAGGAGAGGGACAAGUUCUACAUGUCUCGUGUGGUUGUUCUGGAGUUGCUUCAGGCUCUGAAGUUCAAGUCAUCGAUUCCUGAUACGAACCUGCUGCUGCUGGUGCAGUUUGUGUGCACAGACAUCGGGACCAGGCUGGCCGAGUCCACCAUCCUCCAGAAGCACAUGAUCUCCGCUCUGCCCGGGUGUACCACAGCAGCGAUGGAGUGCUUGCGGCAGUAUCUGAGCGAGCUGCUGGACUUCAUCGCAGACAUGCACACGCUGACCAAACUAAAGAGCCACAUGAAGGCGUGCUGUCAGCCGCUGCACGAGGACACAUUCGGCGGGAAUCUGAAGGUCGGUCUGGCUCAGAUAGCGGCAAUGGAGAUCAGCAAAGGCAACCACAGAGACAACAAAGCGGUUAUUCGCUACCUGCCUUGGCUUUACCAUCCACCUUCUGCUAUGCAACAAGGACCCAAAGAGUUCAUCGAGUGCGUGUCACACAUUCGCCAGCUGUCUUGGCUGCUGCUGGGGUCUCUUACCCACAGUGCUUUGCAUCAGGGCUCCUCGUGCUGUAUGCCCAUUCCACUGGAUGCCGGGUCUCAUAUUGCAGACCAUCUGAUUGUCAUCCUGAUAGGAUUCCCAGAGCAGUCCAAGACGUCAGUGCUGCACAUGUGUUCGCUGUUCCACGCCUUCAUGUUCGCCCAGCUGUGGACCAUCUACUGCGAGCAGGCCGCGGCCAACCCGACCAAUCAGAACCAGAACGAGUUCUCCUCGUGCGCCAUCCUCACGGGCCUGGAGUUCUGGAGCCGCGUGACUCCCAGCAUCCUCCAGCUCAUGGCCCACAACAAAGUGAUGGUAGAGAUGGUCUGCUUGCAUGUCAUCAGUCUAAUGGAGGCUUUGCAGGAGUGUAACUCAACCAUCUUUGUAAAACUGAUUCCUAUGUGGCUGCCCAUGAUUCAGUCCAACUUAAAUCAUCUAUCCGCGGGUCUCCAGCUGCGUCUACAAGCCAUUCAGAACCGGGUGAACCACCAGUGUCUCCAGAAUCCUGGAUCCGGAACGUUUCCUCUCACUCUGCGCAAGUGGCUUCAGUGCACUCAGUUUAAAAUGGCCCAAGUGGAGAUCCAGUCGUCUGAGGCGGCGUCCCAGUUUUACCCCAUGUGAUCUUUGAAGCAGCAAGCUGUGUGUGAUGAUUAAUCAUGAGCUUCAGCAGCAGCAGAUGUAGUUGCUCAAGGUUCAGUGGUCUUCCUAGUGUGUGUUAUUAUCGAAUACAUUACAGAAAUCAUGUAUAGAGAAAAAUGUUAGCCUGUUUCAACCAGGAAAAAGUUUUUUUUGCAUUAUCAAUAGUAUGCUUAUUUCAAGCAAAAAUAAACAAUUUAAAAAAA